GCUCCAUAAAUUCUUUUUUUCACUUCUCAUAUUCGUUAAAAAACCCCAGCUGUUCGUAAGUCAUCCUAGGGUUUUAGCAUCGCAACGAGAGAGAAGAAGAACAAGAGUGCUUCAAAAUGGCUUUCCUAAGUAAGGUUGGAAAUAUACUGAGGCAGAGUGCAAAUAAGAGGACUGGAUUAAAUUUGCAGGCGCCCAGUUUGUCUAUCUGUCAAGCUGUACGAUGGAUGUCUUCAAUGCAGAGUUCAAAAGUUUUUGUCGGAGGUAUUUCAUACAGCACUGAUGAUCAAAGUCUGAGGGAAGCCUUUACUAAAUACGGGGAAGUUAUUGAAGCUAGGGUCAUUGUAGACCGCGAAACUGGAAGAUCCAGAGGAUUUGGAUUUGUGACUUACACCUCUAGCGAGGAGGCCUCUAGUGCCAUCCAGGCACUGGAUGGACAGGACCUUCAUGGUCGUCGUGUGAGAGUGAAUUAUGCUAAUGAUAGAAGUCGUGGUAUGGGUGGUGGCUAUGGUGGUGGCUAUGGUGGCGGUGGUGGUGGCUAUGGUGGCGGUGGCUACGGUGGCGGUGGCUACGGUGGUGGUGGCUAUGGUGGCGGUAGUGGUGGCUAUGGUGGUGGCGGCGGUAGCUAUAGUGGUGGGGCUUAUGGCGGUGGUGGCUCUGGUGGUGGAGGCUAUGGCGGUGAGAGUGGAGGAGGUUUUGGGUCAGGAUUUAGUACUGGAGAUAACUAUUCAAGCAGUUUUGGCGGUGGUAGCCAAGGAAGCGGAGGAAAUUAUGGUACAGGUGGGAAUGAUGCUGGCUCCAACUCUGCUAGCAAUUUUGCUAGUGGAAACAGUGGAACUAGCGCUGGUUUUGAUACCAAUGUCAGCAACGGUGGUGGCGACUAUUUUGCUAACAGUGGGUCUGAUGCAAGCUCUGGGUUUGGAGGAUACACUGGCGGGGAUCAAUUUGGCAGCAACGACGAAGCAAACACCCUGAAUGCAUCCGGAGAUCAAGGCCUAGGGGAGCAACUGGAAGGAAAUGAUAGGGAUGAAGAUGACAACGCAGACGACUUCGCUAAAAGAGCCUAAUAAAUCAUAUGCAUUAUCCAUAGUAGCUUCAUCACAUUUUUGGUUAUUGCCAUGUAGAUUUUCGCUACAUUCUCCUCUGUUGAACACAACUACUGUGUUUGUAUGUUGGACUUGCCUCAGUGAUCUCUGAAUUUUUCUAUGCACUCAAUUUAGUUUCUCAAUGAUU